AUUGAAAGAUCAACACCAACACACGUGUCUGCAGCACAAUUAUUGAAAUUUUUCUAAAAAUUAAUUAAAUCUUUUAAUUACGAGCUGAUUCUCAAUAUUUUGAGGUUUGUUAGUGGCAUCAAAAAAUCACACCAUGGAGUACAUGGGAAAUAUGUCAGGAGAGCCUGAAUCAUUGGCAAGAAUUCUUUGUUGCGAAUGUGGAAUCGCAAUCGAACCCAAUCCGGCCAACAUGUGUGUCGGCUGCCUGCGAACGAGAGUGGACAUCACCGAAGGAAUUCCCAAGCAGGCCACUAUUCAUUUCUGCAAAGGAUGCGAGAGGUAUCUGAAGCCUCCCAUGGAGUGGGUGAGCUGCGUCCUCGAGUCUCGAGAGCUCCUCGGACUGUGCCUGGCCAAGUUGAAGGGCUUGAACAAGGUGAAGCUGAUCGACGCCGGUUUUGUCUGGACAGAGCCACAUUCCAAGAGGAUCAAGGUCAAGCUGACAGUGCAAGGAGAGGCGCUGACCAACGUUUUCCUGCAACAAGUGUUCGUGGUCGAGUUCACGGUGGCGUCUCAGAUGUGCGACGCGUGCCACAGAACUGAGGCCAAGGACUACUGGAAGUGCAAGGUCCAAGUGCGCCAGAGGAGCGAGAACAAAAAGACGUUCUUCUACCUGGAGCAGUUGAUUUUAAAACACAAGGCCCACGAAAACACUUUGAGCAUCAAACCCAUACAUGAGGGUAUUGACUUUUUCUAUGCAACUGAGGCCCAUGCCAGGAAAAUGGUAGAUUUUCUUCAAGCCGUUCUACCUGUGAAAACAACCUCUUCGAAGAAACUAAUUUCUCAUGAUAUUCACAGCAACACCUACAACUAUAAAAUGACCUAUAGCGUGGAGAUUGUGCCUCUAUCGAAGGACAGUUUGGUAUGCUUACCAAAAAAACUGUCGCACCAAUUGGCCGGCAUGAGUCAGUUGUGUCUUGUGGCUCGAGUGACCAAUGCCGUUCACCUGAUUGACCCUUGCUCUGCCCAAAUUGCUGAGGUAUCUGGAAAUGUUUUCUGGAGGUCUCAAUUUGCGGCCAUAGCAAAUCCAAAGCAGCUCAUUCAAUACACUGUGAUGGAAUGCGAACCAAUUCUGUCCCACCAGCAGCAGGUUUUCCCAGGACAAGGACCAAUUUCCAAUAAGCACACGCUAGCUGACGUUUGGGUAGUUCGAAGCUCCGAGUUGGGCAUCAAUAAUGACACGAUUCACACACGUUCUCACUUGGGCCACCUGUUGAAGCCUGGAGACACCGUUUUAGGCUAUUGUCUGGUUGACAGCAACGUUAAUAAUUCUGAUUUCGACAAUUUGAAAGCUGAGAAAGUGCCCGACGUUGUUCUUGUAUCCAAAUAUUACGGAGACAGGACUGUCAGGAAACAUCAAAGGGAAUGGAAACUGCGACACUUGCAUGACGACGUCAAAUCAACCAACACUGACUACAUGGACUUCUUGGAUGAUCUGGAGUGCGACCCUGCGUACAGGCAAAACGUCAACAUUUAUCGCAAAAAUGUUUCCCUCCCCCCUGUGGAGGAAGUCGACGAGGACGAUCGUCCCAGGAUUUCGCUCCAAGAAAUGUUGGAGGACCUUGUUUUGGAAGAUGCUGAGAUGGAAGAAGUGGGCAACGGUGAUAUGGACGAUGAUGAGUAAUUUACAGCCCUGUUGUCAUGAGGCCAUCACCUUACUUAACUUCUUAUAUAAAUCAUGCCCUUUGAUACAAUUAUUAUCACCGUUAAGUGUUAUCUGAUGUACGUGACAAAUAAAAUAAUCGUCUGGGAUAUUGAAA